AUGAACACCUCACAGGCUCCCUUCCGCAUCGCCAUCGUGGGCGGUGCCAUAGGCGGUCUCACAACCGCCCUCUUCCUCGACCACUUCUGCCGGACCGUCCAACCUGAUCCCCAUACCAUCUCAAUCGAUGUAUACGAACAAGCCGCCGAGUACCGCGAGAUUGGGGCGGGUGUCGGCAUCGGCAUCAAUGCCGCGAAGUUGAUGCACAAGAUCCCUGGCGUCGGCGAGGCCAUGAGAUCAAUCCAGGGACGUCCAGAUAACAGCUGGUUCACUUUUGUAAGGUGGGAUAAUGGCAGGCGGAUCACGCAUGUGGACACUCCAGUGAACAAGGACGAUCCGGUGCGGCCGAGCUCGAUGGCACGGAGUGAGUUUCUCGAGAUCCUGUUGGAAAAGAUCAGGGAAAGAGGCGUCGCGAAGUUGCACACGAAGAAGAGAUUUGCAUCUUGCAAGGUAUGCGAGAAAGGCGUCCUCAUCACCUUCGCAGACGAGACAACCGCCGAGGCAGACCUCCUCAUCGGCAGCGACGGCAUCCAUUCUGAAGUCCGCAAGCAAUUCAUCACAGGAAAGGCUCUGUACAGCGGCAAAAUCGCCUACCGCGGCGUCGUGCCCAUCUCUCAGCUGCCCCACGACACGUGGCCUGGCCGGUCGUCUUCUGGAGACAUUAACUACGCGGUGAUCUGGCUCGCGCGCCACAAACACUUCCUGGUGUUCCCCAUCAGCAGGACCAAGUCUCUCAACGUUGUCGCCUUCAUCUCGAAGCGCGAGGAGGAGAUCCCGGACCUGCGGGAGAGCUGGACCAGCACGUGCGACCGGAGCGAGCUGGAGGAAGACUUCAAGGACUGCGAGGAGACGGUGCAGGGGGUGAUCCGUCUGAUGCCGGACAGGCCUUCCAAGUGGAGGAUCAACGACCACGAGCCGGUCUCCCAGUGGCAUUUUCUCGAGGGCAAGGUCGCGCUGGUGGGCGACGCAUGCCACGCCACCACGCCGCAUCAGGGUGCUGGGGCUGGGCAGGCCGUCGAGGAUGGGUACAUCGUCUCCAAGGCGCUGGCAGAAUGGAUGACAGGUGGGCGCAGGGCGCCUCUCGAAGCGUGGAUGGGUCUGUAUCAGCGGAUCCGGUUGCCCAGGGCGCAGAGAGUGGUGACGACGAGCCGGCAGGCUGGCGCGCUAUAUGAAUUCGAGUCGCCCGAUCUGAUCGAUUUGCCCUUUGAAGAGGCUGAGCCAAUUGUGGUUGAGAGGUUGCAGAGUCGGAUGAGAUGGAUCUGGGAAGAAGAUAUUGAUUCUUUAUAUGCCAAGCAGAGGGAAGAAGCAGGUCUGUGA